AAACCCGUUCCCACCGACAGUUGGUCUCAACCAUUGGUGGCCGACAAGUGGCCCAACCCUUGCACUCAACUGCCAGUCUGGGCCCCAUUCAUGCAAAACAAAAAUUUCAGCGAAGAUUGUCUUUAUCUAAACAUAUGGUCACCGGCAGGAAAGGUAUCAUCAAAUCGGUUAAAGCCUGUGAUGUUUUACAUACACGGAGGGGCUUUCAUAAUCGGGUCGUCCAAUGAAUAUCAUUAUAACGGAGAGGUAUUGGCCUCAAAAGGCGAUGUGAUUGUCGUUACAUUAAAUUAUAGAUUAAAUGGCUUUGGAUUCCUAUAUACGGGAACUGAUGCCGGGCCCGGAAAUGCCGGUCUCUGGGAUCAGGUGUUGGCACUGGAAUGGGUGCACAAGAAUAUCCAGAAUUUUGGUGGCGAUCCUAAACUGAUUACCGUAUUUGGCGAGAGCGCCGGUAGCAUAACUACCAGCGCUAUAAUCCUAUCGCCCAUAACUCGCAAUCUAUUCAAAAACGCUAUAAUGAUGUCGGGGUCGGCGUUGGGCGACACAGUAGGCGAUGCCUCCCAAAUGGCCCGGUAUUGGCUCAAACAGUCUAAACAAAUGGGUUGUCGUGACGAUAGAAAUCCUGAAAAAUUCACACCAAAUGUCAUAAACUGUUUAAAGACUAUAAGCGCCGACAGGUUAGUGAACUACACCUCGGGAUCCCUGGACUCCGUCGCCGAAAAUCUUAAAUCCCUAAACUUGAUGAUCGGUAACUGCGAGGACGAGGGGUCGUUCAUAUUAGCGCUGGUGGUCGACCCCAAGAAGUUUGCCCACAAUAACCCGCCUCCUAUGACAUAUCCGGAGGCUUACGGCACAUCUCAGGCCCUGUUCUCAGCGCUGGACGAGACACCGGCCAUCGAUGGCCAGGAAGUGUCUAAACUAUACUUCACGGGUCUGUCCGAUAAGACAUCGCAGGAUGUGCUCCGGCGUACAAUUGGGAAGGCGUUCGGCGACUACACCAUCACGUGUCCGACCAUUUUGUUUGCGAAA